AUGAGUUCUAAACUCAAAACAGUACGAGCCGCACAUCGACGAGCAGUAAUAAAACUACUGAAAAAAGCAGACCCGACAGAAGAACCGCAUCAAGAUGUUAUCAACCUCAGAUCCAUGAUGGAGCUCAUCAAAACCAAGAAGAAGACAUUGUCUGACCUCAAUGAGAAGAUUCUAGAAUCUAUUGAAGAAGAAGAAGACCUCGACCAAGAAAUUGAAGAAGUUGACAAAUACGAGUUAGAUAUUCAAAUUGGAAUAACGAAAAUCGAGAAGAUCCUAAAAGAAGUAAGUCAUUCUAAAAAUCAAUCAGCUCUUAACCAUAAUGCAUCAGAUUUUAUAUGCAAUAACCCAAGCGUGCAAGAACAUUCUAACCAGAUAAUUUUCAACUCAGAGCAAACAAGCCUAAGCCAGUCAAGCAUGCCCACCUCCACAGUGUCAAGUCAUUAUAACAAAUUGCCUAAACUCAACUUGCCAACUUUCGGCGGAAAUCUACUAGAAUGGUCAGCCUUUUGGGAUUCCUAUAAUAAUUAUGUACAUGAAAAUCCUUCAUUGAGUAACGUGCAACGAUUUAAUUAUUUAAAAUCGCAACUUUAUGGAGAAGCUAGCCAGUCUAUUUCGGGAAUGCAAAUGACUAAUACAAACUAUAAUCAAGCAAUAAAAAUUCUACACGAGAGAUUUGGGCAACAACACAAAAUAGUAAACGCAUACAUGCAAAAUUUGCUAAAUUUCCUGCACCAACGCCCGGAAUUAGGGGACUGA